ACUGGAAGUGAGUCCUGGCCUUUGGCCCCUCGCCUGCCCCCGUGGCUGGACUUCGAGGGUGGUGCCCAACUCAGCGGCCAGCACGGCCACCUCCGGAACCUGAGCAGCGCGAGGCCUGAGCGGCCUUUCUGUGGCCGGCCGCAGCCCUGGGGACCUCCAGGCUCCAACUUGGCCUUUGCGGGACAAGGCUGGCCUGCGGGGCAGCUUGAGAAACAGGAGUCUUCUUCUGUAAGUUAUGAUGAUGUCAGACAUUGCUAAAGACAGAGCUGCUCAUUCAUUGAAGAAAAGGGGGAGUAUGACUUCUCUCAGUAGUCAUGAAUUCCCGCGGAAGGAAGUGCACAGGCGCUCUAAAGCCUCCAUGAGUACUGUGUCUUAUAUGGAUGAACCUAACCAGCAUGAUGAUGUCUCUCACCUUACAGUUCAGAUGGAAAACUCCUAUCAGCUGGGUCCUACCAAACAUUUUCCUGUGGUCACUGUCAAUGAUAUUUUGAAAGAUGUGUUAACUAACUACCUACAAGAAGAAAAAUAUGAACCAGAACUCUGUAGACAGAUGACUAAAACGAUUUCUGAGGUAAUUAAAGCCCAAGUCAAGGACUUGAUGAUUCCAAGAUAUAAACUAAUUGUGAUUAUUCACAUUGGACAACUAAACAGUCAGAGCAUAUUUAUUGGAAGCAGAUGUCUCUGGGAUCCUAAAAGUGACACCUUUUCAUCUUAUGUUUUCCGAAAUUCUUCUCUCUUUGCUCUUGCAGGUGUCUAUGCAGUUUACUUUGAGUGAUUGCAAAU